GACCUUGACUAUAAGGCAUCAAUAUUUUCUCAAUUCGCCCAAUUCAUGAUGCUUUGACAUUCAUUUCAACAGUCACUUCGAGUUCAACUCACACAGUCCUCAAUAUGUCUAUGUUUCGAGCUAAGAAGCUCGAUUUAGGAUGCUUCAUAAAUAUCAAAGUCAUUCGUGACCAUACCAAGCGGAAAGUGUUCGCUGAGUAUGAGACUGAAAGGUAGGUUCUUCUCUUUCUAAUUCUACCUUUCUUAAUAUUUGAGCCCUCCCGCGCCUUCAGUCUAUUGUCCACUUUACCAGGUUAUGCGUAUACUUGUUCCUGUGCAUCUCUGUCUAUACUAAAGUACCAAUGGCUGACAUACAACUCUUCUCAAAAACAGACAAGCCCUUCGCUACAUAAUCCGCAAUCUCUCACUAUUGCCUCGUGUUCGUUUUCAAGCACAACUGGAAUUGACACAAAUGCAUUGUUAUACAAGACCAACUCAAAUCAGGAAUAGAUGUAUUCUUGGAGGCAAGGGAAGAGGUGUCUUGAGAGAUUUCAAGAUGUCGAGGGUAUGUGCUCUUUUAUUAUGGCUUCAGGAUGUAACGGGAUGAAAGAAUGGAAGCAAGAUAUGAGGGCUCUGCUGACUAUUUACCUACGACUACAGUUCAAUUUCAGAAUGAACGCGCUCUCGGGAGAUUUACCAGGUGUCAAGAAGGCUAGUUGGUAAAGCGUGGAUAUUCUGGCUGAAGGAAUGACGGGUGAGGAAACAUGAGAUAUAUGAACCUGCGAGCAAGCACCGAAGAAAUCGAAUGCUACGAGCCCGAUUGGGAAUGUACGAUUGUAAGGAAACUCAAGACGUUUGACGUGUAACAUAUACAGGCGUGGGGAUGAAGCGUGCACUUGUACCACAGACAGAUGCGAAUUCAAAGAUGGUAGGUUGGGUGGGAGGAAAUGAAUGAAAAACAAAAGCACUUUAUUUAUUGCACCUGGAAGUCAUACAUACUCAGAUUUCUACGCGUCUCUGAAUAGAUUUUUGUUUGCCAAAUAUUUGAAGUCAUAUACAACAUCAUUUCUGGACCAGGUUGUAGAUAACUCGAAUCUCAAUCCUCAGUGUUAGCAAGAUAUAAAACAUGUUC